AUGGAGGAGACCCCAGCCUGGAGGCCUGAGGCCAGGGGCUACGUUGGAGCCUGGUCAGCACCCCAGGAGGCCAGAGCAGGCCCGUCCCUGUUCUCGGUGCUGAAUGAGCUCCCCAGCGCGGCCACUGUCCGAUUCCGAGGCCCUGGGGUGCUGCCUUGGGGGGCCCUGGAGGAGCAGGACGAGGAUGAUAAAAGGCAGACCCAGGCCUUCAUGGAAGCUGACCACAUGGACCUGCAGGAUCCCCGGCCCUCUCGGGAGUUGCCAUGGCCCAUGCAGGCCCGGCGGGCCCACAGGAAGAGCCUGGCUCAGAACCAAAUGGCCCGAGGCGCGGGGUCCAGAGCGGACUGGGCCCGGAAGCUGCGCAGGUGCAGACAGAAGAUUCGAGAAAGUUGGCGGAGCCUGCGGCCGUGGGCGUGGACGCUGAAUAAGAUAGGGGGCCAGUUCGGAGCCGGCACCGAGUCUUACUUCUCCCUGCUGCGCUUUCUGCUGCUGCUCAACGUGCUGGCCGCUGUGCUGACGGCCUGCAUGACGCUGCUGCCCACCUGGCUGGAAGGGGCUCCCCCGGGGCCCCCCAGCCUUGGCGUCUCCUCACACUGUGGCCCCUACAACCCGAACCCCCAGGGCCUGCUCUCCUUCUCCAGCCAGAUCUUCAACUUGCUCUCGGGAGAGGGAUACCUAGAGUGGUCUCCUCUCUUUUAUGGAUUCUACCCGCCCCGCCCGCGCCUGGCCAUCACCUACCUGUGUUCAGUCUUUGUCACCGGCCUCCUCUGCCUCCUGCUCAUUCUGCACCGUUCGGUGUCCGGGAUGAAGCAGACGCUGUUGGCCGAAUCCGGGACUCUGACCAGCUACAGCCACCGCGUGUUCUCUGCCUGGGACUUCGGCCUCUGCGGGGACGUCCACGUGCGCCUGCGCCAGGGCACCAUCCUCUUCGAGCUGCAGGUGGAGCUGGAGGAGGCCGCGGUGCGGCGCCGGGCCACGGGGCGGACCCUCGGUCAGGAGGCCAGGGUGUGGCUGGUGCGAGGCCUCCUCAAUUUGCUGGUGAUCGGGCUCCUGGGGGCGGCGUUCUACGGAGUCUACUGGGCUAUGGAGACGUCCGUGCAGCUGCAGGAGGAGCCCUUCGUCCAGCAGACGGCUCUCCUCAAACUCGGCGUGAACUACCUCCCGUCCGUCUUCAUCUCCGGGGUCAACUUCGUGCUGCCCCCCGUCUUCAAGCUCCUGGCCCCGCUCGAGGGCUACACUCGGAGCCGACAGGUCAUUUUCAUCCUGCUCAGGACCGUGUUCCUGCGCCUCGCCUCGCUGCUGGUGCUGCUCUUCUCGCUCUGGAAACAGAUCACGUGCGAGGGCAACGCGGAGGCUCCCGACUGCAAAGCCUGUGGCUACAACUACAAGGAACUUCCGUGCUGGGAGACCCGGCUGGGACAGGAGAUGUACAAACUCCUGAUUUUCGAUCUGUUCACCGGCUUGGCAGUCAUGCUGCUCAUCCAGUUUCCUCGAAAGCUGCUCUGUGGUCACUGUCCGGGGGCGCUGGGGCGCUUCUUGGGGACCCAGGAGUUCCAGGUGCCGGAUGAGGUGCUGGGGCUGAUCUACGCGCAGACGGUGGUCUGGGUGGGCAGUUUUUUCAGCCCCAUACUGCCCCUGCUCAACACGGCCAAGUUCCUGCUGCUCUUCUACCUGAAAAAGUUCACCCUCUUCUCCACCUGCUCCCCGGCCUCUCGCACCUUCCGGGCCUCCACGGUGAAUUUCUUUUUCCCCCUGGUGCUCCUGCUGGGCCUGGCCAUCUCCGCCAUUCCGGUCCUGUACAGCAUCUUCCUGAUCCCGCCUUCCAAGUUGUGUGGUCCCUUCCGGGAAGAGCCGUCCAUCUGGUCCCGGAUCCCUGAGUCCAUUCUCAGCCUCCCUCAGGCCGCUCAGAGCGUCCUCUUCUUCCUGGGCUCACAGGCUUUUGCCGUGCCGCUUCUGCUCCUCUCCAGCAUCCUGAUGGCCUAUACUGUGGCCCUGGCCAACUCCUAUGGGCGCCUCAUAUCUGAACUCCAGAAGCAGGUGGAGACGGAGUCUAGGAAUAAAGUCUUCCUGGCGCAGAGAGCUGUGGCCCUGAGUUCGGCCCCGGGUGGCCUAUGACCUGCCGUGUGGGCUCACCAUGAAAAGACCACCCUCACCUUCCAGCCCCGUCCCAGGCUUGGGGCCAGGCCCUUUGUAGGCCUUCGAUAUUCUUCCCAACUAUAAAAUUGGGAGUCUUGGCCAGGACGCUCCGGGCUUCCAUCCUGAGGUUCGCAGCUUUCCAGCUUGACUCUCACGUGAAGAUUUCCUUUUAUCAAUAAAUGUCAUUGGAUCGGAGGCUGCUGCUGGCACGGUGGUUAAAAGCGCUCAGCUGCUUGCUAAUGGAGAGACUGACGAUUCAAAAGCACCGGCUACUCCCCUGAAGGAGAGAGGUGGCAGUCCGUUUCUGUAAGGAUUUCGAGUCUUGACAGAAUAGAUUGGAGGAAAACGUAGAACGGAACUCAAAAUCGUAAGAGACCAGGCUUACUGGGCUGGUAAAAACUGGUAGAACUAAAAAUAAAUAAAUAAAAGAAACUGGUGGAACUCCAUAAUCAACUAUUUUUUAUCAAAAGGCAGCAUUUACCUAAGGACA